AAUCAAACAAAAUGACAGUCGUAGUUCAUCACUUAAAUAAUUCACGUUCUCAACGUAUUUUAUGGCUUUUGGAAGAGUUAGAGGUUCCAUAUACCAUUGAACAUUAUGAACGUUUACCAACCAAACAAGCUCCUCCUUCUUUACGCAAAGUUCAUCCAUUAGGAAAAAGUCCAGUGAUCACAGAUGGAGAUGUUACCGUUGCUGAAUCUGGUGCAAUCGUAGAAUACAUCAUUCGCACUUACGGUAAAGGUCGUGCUGAACCAAAUGAGCAAAAUUGGUUAGCCAACACUCAAUGGAGUCACUAUGCUGAAGGCUCCCUUAUGCCAUUGAUGGUCAACAAGCUCAUCUUCAGCCUCGUCCCUGGCCAAGCUCCCUUCUUGAUCAGACCUUUGGUAUCUUCAAUCUUUUCAGCAUUAACAACAAAAAUGUUAGAUCCACAAUUGAAAAAUCAUGUUGAAUAUAUCACCGAAGGUCUCAAGAAACAAUCUCCAAAUGGUGAAUUCGCUUGGUUUGCAGGAGGUGAUAAAGAUGGUAAUCCAACUUCGGCAGAUUAUCAAAUGCUUUUUCCGCUCGAAGCUGCCUCUGCUGGUCGUAUAGAAGUUCCUGAAACGAUCAAGAAAUGGGUCGAGACUGUUCAUGCCAGACCAGCAUACCAACGUGCUUUGGAGAAAGGUGGAACAUAUGCCUAUGCAUAAAGGUUCAACUGAAUACGUUGAAAUAAGCGAUACCC